AUGAACCAGAUUAAGUCUACUCAGAGGAUAAAUUCUGCCGAGCUUGAACAGGGAAUACUCGAUCCAGCGAAAUCAUGGCAUCACGAAUACGUUGAACAGGCCUACAUAUACAUCGGAGGUCUUAAUAAGGAACUUACAGAAGGUGAUAUAGUUACAAUAUUUUCACAAUAUGGAAUACCAGUUGAUAUUUUUCUCGUAAGGGAUAGGCAAACUGGUGACUCUAAGGGGUUUGCCUACUUGAAAUAUGAGGAUCAAAGAUCAAGUGUCCUUGCUGUAGAUAACUUAAAUGGUGCAAAAAUCGGUGGAAGAACUAUUCAAGUAGAUCAUACGUUUUUUGAGCCCAGAGAUGAUAUGAAUGAUUACAGAGAAGCCGUUAAAGAAGAAUUAGACAGAGAUAUCGUUAACAAGUUAUUGUUCCCUUGA